GUUUCUGAUUUUGUUUUAUUUAAAUUCUGGGUUUGUUUAAUUUUAGUUCUGACUUUGUUUGUUCGAAUUUUUUUUGUGUUUUAUUUAAUUUUGUUUUUGUGUUUUAUGUUUUGUUUAAAUUCUGAUUUUGUUUUUAUUCGAAUUCUGGUUUUGUUUUAUUUUAGUUCUGACUUAGUGUUUUAUUUAAAUUAUGCUUUUUGUUUUAUUUGUUCUGUGUUUGUUUCAAAAACAUACCUAUAUAAUUUUUAUAAAUUAAGAUGAACAACUUCAACAAUAACAACAUCAACAACAAUGUUUCUAAUAAUAAUAACAACAUUCCUUCUUCAACAUCAACAUCAGUAUUCAAUCCAAACUUUUCAACCUUUUUAAAUAAUUCAACAAAUAAAUUUGUUUCCCCCAAUUAUUCUUCUUUUCAUGAACGUCCUACUGCUCAACUUCGACGGGCUUCGUCUGCUUCAGCUUGUAAAUUUGCUGUUGAUCGAUUAAAUAAUUGUAAUAAUGUUGGCAAUAGACCAGCAAGUUUACAACAUCAUGAAUUACUUUUUUAUGAAAAACCCCAAAUUUCUUCUCAACAACAAUUUAGUGAAAGGAGAGCAUCAAUUACACAACAACAGCAACAACCUCUUUUACCUCCUUUACGUAAAUUUGAAAAUUUGGAAUUUAAAUCAAUGGAAGAAAAAGAAGAGGAAGAAGAAAGGCGUAGAAGAAGUUAUAGUAAUAGUGGAAUUUUAACAAAAACAGAAAUGGUUAUAGAUGCUGACAAAAAACUUGAAAUUUUACAAAAUCAAAGAAUUGCGUUGAAACAAUUACAAAGUCAACAACAGCAAGGAGAAGGGGUGUUACAGGCAAGUUAUUUUGUUUUACCUUAA